AUCAAUAUUAUUGUCACGCAUUUUAACAAGUUAAUCUUAACUCGCCUGAUUAAAUCAAGUAAUUGUAUAACUCACGUUAACCUAGUAACUUCGAUAACCAGGGGAAAGGUCAUGGGUCAUGUGACAAAAUAGACCAAGAUGGCGGCAGAAUCGUCCCAAACGCAGGAGAUGACAGCUGUAGGAGGCUCUGGAGGACCUAGCGAGACAGAAGGGAGUAAGAAGAGGAUAGCAUCCGAUGCACGGGGAUCUUGGGGAGUCGGUGAAGGAGGCUGGCCCAUGCCGGUGCUGUUUGGGAAGAGAGAAGCGCCGAGAAAGACCGUGCCUGAGGAAAAUGACCCACCCAAGGACCCCACGGCCAUAGAACGGGCCAACCUGCUGAACAUGGUCAAACUCAGCAUCAAGAGCCUGAUCGAGUCAUCCUACCAGGUUGGGCGCACGCUGGACAAAGACUUUGCACCUCUACAACAGUUCCUCAUAGUCAUGGAACACGUGCUCAAGCAUGGACUCAAAGCUAAGAAGAGUAUCCUCAGUACCAACAAACAUGUGUGGGGUCCUCUGGAGGCUGUGGAGAAACUGGAACCUGAAGCUACUGAGAUCAACAACAGUGUCCGAGAACUGCCUCAGAUCAAGACGUAUCCAGGAAAGGCCCGUGCCUGGCUACGACUGGCCAUGAUGCAGAAACGCCUGGCAGACUACGUCAAGACUCUGGUGGAGAAGAAGGAUGUCAUGGGGGAGUUCUAUGAGCCGUUUGCCCUCCUGAUGGAAGAGGAGGGGAUGGUGCUAGCAGGACUGCUGGUGGGGCUGAACGUUAUUGACUGUAACUUCUGUGUGAAGGAAGAUGACUUCGACUCACAGUUGGGUGUGAUAGACUUCAGCAUGUACCUGAAGGAUCCUGGGAACUACACAGACAGGUCACCAGGAGAGGCCAGCCGACGUUCCACUGACUCCAGCCAAGCCAACCUGACAGCAGUGCUGGACCAGAAGAACUAUGUGGAGGAACUGAACAGACACCUGAAUGCCACAGUGACCAACCUCCAGGCCAGGAUUGAGAACCUGGAGAAGGAUAACAGUAAUCUGUCGGAGAAGCUGGCCAUGGCGAACAACAGGGUGCUGCAGCUGCAGGAGGAGGGGGACAAGCUGCAGACUGAGAACACCAGGAUCAAGGGAGAUCUGGAGAAGAAACUGGUGGGCAGCAGUAGAAACAGACUUGAAGAUAGAGCGUGAAUGGAGAACAGCACUGCAACAAGACAUUGAGAAACAGAAGGAAGUCAUACAAGAGCUCCAGACGGAACUGAAGCAGAUGGAAGCGAUUAAAAGGGAGUUCCAGUCACUACAAGACGCCCAUGAACGGUUAAAGCAGACGUGUGAAGACCAGGAAAAGACAUUAGCUGAAAUGGGACAUAAACUUAGCGAGUCAAAACUCAAGAUGGAGGACAUGAAGGAAGCAUUGAAAGAUGAAUUAAAACUUACUAUUCUUUUUGUGCCAUACACACACUAGACGAUUACAAUUGUUGGAUAUACCAAUAGGCAUUGUAUGUUUAUUACUUCAGUUAGCUACUCAAGGAUCUGCGUUCUACAAUGUUGUCUUAGAAUGAGACAGCAGACUAUUAUAAACUUGGAUAAGAAAUGUUUUUAAAAAGUAAUUUACUGUUAUGCCCCAAACUGAGAGAUCACAGAAAUAUACCAGCAAGAUUCUGUUACAGGAUACAGCAAAAGUAUUUUUCAUGAAAUCAUUGUUCUUGAUAUAUACAAACCGAUGUAGGUAAUUCCUUUAGCCACAAUUAUGAUAUCUUUACAUCAGGUAGAAGCAGAAGUUGUUUGUUAGUUUGUUUGUUUGUUUGUUGAAUAUAGUCUUGCCAUUGAAUUUCAUGUCGUCUUGUGAGCUUGUGUAAUCUGGUGCUAUCUUGUCAUGUACAUGAUUUAUGAUAAGACUAAUGAUAAGACGGAAAAUCUUACUGAAUUUUUGCCACACCUUUCAGCCUUCUUCAAGUUAAUUAACCCGACUAUCUGUACUUUAGACAUGUGUCCUUAUAGACACAUCUUCACCAGCCAGCUGACUGUCACUCAAACAAGUUGAAGUUGUUAGCGACUUUCAAACCCAUGUGUCACUUAUUGUCCCAUAUUUCCUACUCACAUCGGUUGAGUUCCGUUUUGACAGUUUUUUCUUUGGUUAGUAUGCGGCUGGAGAAUUUUUCAGUUUUAUACCUAGGCUGGAGAACAAUCGCCCAAGGUGAAAAACAACUUCUUCCCCGCAAACUUUGUAGAAGCCAAAAAAAUGUUGAUGCGGAACUCAUACAGACUUGAAUAUAUGCACAAGUGUGGAUGCCCCCAUAGCCAACAUUGGUCAGUCACCCUGAAGAAGACAGAAGGUAAUAUACUACUAGUAUCUUCCUCUGAGAGUACUGGACUGAUAUAGUUGUAAUGUACACAUGUGUGUAAGUAAUGACAGUGUCAUCACAAAAGCAUUUUCUGCUGCCAAAAUAAAUCAGAAACUGUAUUUGAAUGCCUUCUGUCCAUAGAAAGUGCCUGGGCUUAUUGUGCACUAUUUAUUUUACCUUUUGAAAUGAUAAUGUACAAAGAAUGGCUUCCAAAUAAUGGCUAUUUAAAAUAUUUUAUGGGAAGAUUUUCCAAUAUUUCAAAAUCUGCAUUAACAUCCUAGAUUGUAGAUAACUGUCAUGAGAUGUUGUCAGUGAAAUUUUAUGACAGUUUUAUUUGUUGUGCAGAUAUAGGACCAAAUGUACAGCUUGGUCAAUGAAUUUGUGAUUCAAUGUAAAGAGAUGCAUUGCUAUGAUUUCGUGAUAAAUUUGUAUGGCAACCGUCAUUGAUAAGCACUGUAUUUGUUUUGACAUAAAUUUCUUUCUGUUCACUCUAUUUGAAAGUUGUAACAAUAUAGUUAUAAGUAAAUUUAAAGUAAUAUAUAUGAAGGUAUAGUUAUGCCUUGUUUUACUUCAGAUUUUCUUACUCCUGCACACUAGUUAACAAUUUUGGAAUGAGUUUGAGGAGAAUUUUCAUUGACAGUGACUUGUCAAGUUUUUGUAUACUUUUACUUAGCAUGUGUAAUUAAAUACCACCAGUCAGAUACUGUAAUUCUAAAGUUGUUACAGAGUCAGAGAAAAUUCCUUCGGACCAGAUCAGUUGUUAACAAUAUUUCAACUGUCAUUUUUCAUAAAGACUGAAACUAGGUGAAUUGAAUGAAAUUGUAUUACUUCAAUUGUGAUGUGAGAAAAAAAUUACAAGACAAUGCCUUUUUGUAUCCUAACUACAUGUAUAUCUCCAAGCAGAUCAUCAGGGGAAUAGGAUAUCUUUUCUUACAAGCUGUCCUGUUAAAUGAUUGAGAAAUAUGUUAAUUUGUCCCAAACAUUGUGCUGAAUUGAUGUGUAAUAAACAAGAAUGAUACUUUUGUUU